UUUUAUUUCUUCUUUUGUUAAAUAAAAUAAAAACUCACCUGAUAAUAAUAAACUUCUUUUUUGGAAGAUGAUUGUGAGAGAAUUUGCACUUUCCUAAUACCAGUCAAGAUACAAAAUGGACUAUAAAUAUUCUGGGAAUGAAAACAAUGCGUUGUGUUGAUUAGUUGUGUUCACUCUGCAUUAUGUUAAUGCCAUCAUCACUAUUUGGAGUUUGGUACCUGUCCUGCAGCAGUACAUUUUUCUUAUGAUCAAGGGAAAUCACCAGAGUGGUUUUGGAGUUUUUCGUUAUAUGACUCUUUCAUUCACACAUACAUUGCAAAAAGACUUUUUUUCCUAAGAGGUACUGCACAGUAUUGCAGCUGCUUGGUUCAUUCUAAUUGUUCUGUACUUUUGCUCAGUUUUUUUCUGCUUAUUAUUAUGCUAACAUUAUAAAAGAAUUAGGUUAAACAGUUUGGCCAUUGCUACCAUUAUAUGAAAUAUUUUUUAUUUGCUUUUUUUCUUGUUUUGUAAUUUCUUAUUGCUAUGGGAAGCUAUUUAAUGAUGUGACUCUUGAUAAUUUAUUUGGAAAGGUUGUCACUGCCUGGCUGUUCUAGUUUCUGCUCACCUUGUUAAGGAGCAGUGGAAAUUUUUAAUGAGAGACUAUAAAAUGCUAAGCACGAUAGCUCAUUCAGUCCCAUGUCAGACAUCUCACGACCACCUGCAGCACGCUGGCUAAGAGGAUCUGAUUAGAAAAAAUAGAGCUCCACUGAGAGCGGCUGAAGAAAGCAAGAGAUCUUCUUUUCCUUUUCUUUUCUUUUCUUUGUAUUUUUUUUCGUUUAUUUCCUCAUUACCGAUGUUAAAGGAUUAUUAGCUUGCUAUCUGGGCAUAUGGCCCAGAACCACACAUGCUGCAAAUUCUUUCCGGACCCUCCUGGCAGGAUUCCUCAGAAAUACAACUUACUCCUUUGAAAGCAAUAUCCACAGCAGCAGAGAAACCAUUCAGACCAAUGAACACAAUGAACGUAUUGGCCAGUACCUGUGGUAGGCUAAGACUAGGGGAGAAGGUCAUUUGUGUGGCUCCCCAGACUUCUAAUCCAUGACAAGUUUGUUUUUUUUUUUGAUUCCGGCCUUCAACUUUCAAGAAAUGGAAGUUUGGUUUGUUUCUUAGAUUGCUGGUAAUGUUGGGGGAACCAGAUGGGGCGCUCUGAGGCUUGCACCUAGACAUUAAUUAACAAAUUGAUGGUUUGAGGCCUGACUUUCAACAGGAUUAACUGCCUCUUUGCCAAGCCCUCAGUCCCUGUGAUCAGACAGCUGGUGAGGAUUUCCAUUUGAAUUUGAUUCCAGAUAUAUGCUUAAGACCAGAAGACCUCUCAAUUUGGGUGACCAUUAAGAUUUUUGGAUUAUUUCAUCACACAGUUCCACAGUUUAGCCGUACUAAGAUGGGGUGUAACAUGUGCGUGGUGCAGAAGCCUGAAGAGCAGUACAAGGUUAUGUUUCAGGUGAAUGGGAAGGAGCUGUCUCGUUUAUCCCAAGAACAGACUCUAGAGGCACUGCGUGGUUCCAAAGACCCCCUAGUAAUCCAGGUGCUGCGACGUAGUCCCCGCUCCAAAGGAGGAGGGAAUAAUACCGCACUGGGUGGUGUAUGCAGUGCAGGAGGAUCUUCAGCUGGAAUAGUUCCGCAGGAUAUGCAUUUUGUGGAUAAUGGUACCCAGACAGACAUUACAUUUGAGCACAUCAUGGCACUGGGCAAGCUUAGGGCACCAUCACCACCCUUGCCUCCAGUACUUGAACCAUAUGUGCUAUCAGAGUUGCCACCUCUUGACCAUGAAUAUUACGACCCCAAUGACUAUCUGGAUGGGAGCCACCAUGAAGUAGACAGAGCAGAUGAACUGGAAUAUGAGGAGGUUGAGCUGUACAAGUCUAGUCAGCAGGACAAGCUGGGACUCACAGUGUGCUACCGAACUGAUGAUGAGGAGGAUUUAGGAAUCUAUGUUGGAGAGGUGAACCCUAACAGCAUUGCGGCAAAAGAUGGACGCAUCCGAGAGGGAGACCGCAUCAUACAGAUUAAUGGAAUUGAUGUCCAAAAUCGUGAAGAAGCUGUAGCCAUUCUAACUCGUGAGAACAGCACCAAUAUCUCUCUUUUGUUGGCACGCCCUGAUGCUGAGUUGGGCAAGAGGUGGAGAGAUAGCGACCGUGAUGACCUCCUGGAUGAUCUGGGUUCAGAAAAUGACGAGGAGCACCUCCGGACUCUUAGAGCUGGAUCACCAUCUCAGAAUGACAACGAUGAUCUCCAUGAUAAACAUCAAUUAGACAAUGCUUGCCAUGUCAACGAAAACACCAAAACGCCUAGCCGAGGUGGAGAUACGCUGAGGACAUUGCUUAGCAACAGCCAGGAAUUAGACAGUGGAGUGGGCCGAACGGAUGAGAGCACGCGCAAUGAAGAAUCCUCAGAGCAUGACCUGCUAGGAGAUGACCAGACCAGCACUACCAACACAAACACCACAAAUACACCAGGCAGUCUGCGCAAAUUUCGAUUUGGCAGUACAAGCAACAAUAAGAGUGAGACCUCCUCACUGCACAGCAGAGAUUUUCACUUCAGCACGGAUUCACUGCUGGCUCUGGACUGCGCUGGAGCUGGUACCACUCCAAGUAGCGGUUAUAUAGGAGAGGCAAAUCUCAUGAUGCCAGGGCUAACUGAAGAGGAGUGUGAGAGGUACAGAGAACUUCUGGAAAUUAAAUGUCAUUUUGAAAAUGGAAAUCAGCUCCUACAGUUGGCCAGUGCCCCUGCUUUUUAUCGCGGUGCAGUAGGUUUGGCUCGUGGACUCUCUCUUGAUGUCAAUCGCAAUGAGAGCAUGGAGCAUGAAAUGGCCAUGCUGGAAGAAGAGUUGCGUCACUUGGAGUUCAAGUGCAGAAAUAUAUUACGUGCACAAAAAAUGCAACAGUUGCGUGAGCGUUGCAUGAAGGCUUGGCUUCUUGAGGAAGAAGCCAAUUCUGCUGUCUAUGAGUAUGGCAGUGGUAGUGUAAGUGAACCCAAGAAGCAUGAACUUUCUGAUAUUACUGAGCUGCCAGAAAAAUCUGAUAAGGAUAGUACAAGUGCUUAUAACACUGGGGAGAGCUGCAGAAGCACUCCACUCAUGACUGAUCAGCCCUUGCUAGAGAGCCCUCUGCGCAAAGUUAGUGAAACCAUUUUCAAACCAGGUCCCAGUAGCACAGAGAAAGUGUCACAAAACCUAAACCGGACUCCUCAUAAGACUUCCUACUCAGCUACAGCUAACACAAACAGUGGAAGUCGUGAAGGGAGCCCUGGCAAGUUCCGCUCACUCUCUAGGGAUGGAGAUGGAAGAAGACACUCAGAAGAAAGGGUUCGUAGAAGUCCAAAAGCUGGCAGUGGUGGUACCUUGGAGAGACCUUCCUGUGCUAGUGGGGACAGUAGCCCAUAUUUUUCCAGACGCCACAGAGGAGGGUAUAUCCCAGAACGUUACCAAAGUUGCAUGCAGCUGAGGACAACCACAUCAACUACCACUUCUACCACAUUGGAUGAUUUUGGUGGUUCAUGUGAAGGCAGCAGUGGGCAUCAAAGUCCAAUGAGUUUGGCCAGCAUUUGCAAAGACUCACUGGUUAUGGGUACCUCCCAGAAGUUGGGAGGAUCCCCUCCCACAGAACCCAGAAUGGAAUGGAAAGUGAAAGUGCGAAGUGAUGGCACACGGUAUGUGGCCAAACGUCCAGUCAGGGAUAGGUUGUUAAAAGCGCGUGCAAUGAAGAUCAAGGAGGAGCGCAGUGGCAUGACCACAGAUGAUGAUGCAGUUAGUGAGAUGAAGAUGGGUCGCUACUGGAGCAAAGAAGAACGAAAGCAACACCUUAUCCGUGCACGUGAACAGCGGAAACGAAGAGAAUUCAUGAUGCAAAGUAGGCUGGAGUGCCUUCGAGAACAGCAGAAUGGUGAGGGCCGAAAUGAGGUCAGCAUCAUUGCACUGAGCCACAAGAAGACCAUGAAGAAACGUAACAAAAAGAUCCUAGAUAACUGGAUCACAAUCCAGGAAAUGCUAGCACAUGGGACACGAUCUGCUGAUGGCAAAAGGAUAUAUAAUCCUCUGCUAUCAGUUACAACAGUAUAAUGGUGGAUGAAUCUGCACCAUCUACAGUUACUAUCCUUUAUCCACAGUAUUUAUAUGUCAGGUGAUCAGCUUAAGCAUGGUUCUUGGAAAAUCGUGUAGGUAGUUUAUCCAUGCCAGCUUUGUAUUAACAAUGUGUAAUCAUUCAGGCAGCCAAAAGGCAUGGUUUCAGCAUUGCACAUACAGUAAUUAUUACAACAUGUUCUAUCAUAUGUCCUGGUUCUCUGAGUUUCUUUCAAAAAGCAUUUUAGAAACCAACUUGAAACUUUCAGAAAUAUCAAUAGUAAUUUUUAUUGUAGCAUAUUGACCAGUUGUAGUCUUGCCAAGAUCAUAGCGGCUAACUGUAGUAAGUAUUAUGUAGUGUAGACAUCAUUUCACUCCAUCCUCCUGGAGCUCUUAAAAUUAGCCACUCCAAAUGGCCUCUUCACUGUUUGGAGCUCCAGAAAUAUGGUUAAAUAAAAUGUUCUUGAGUUGCUUGCUGACAGAAAUUCAGUUUCCCUGGUCAUAGUGGGCUUCCAGAAAAUUCAAACCAAGUUUUUGUGUCUAUAGAACAUCUGAAACUUGAGUGAGCUCCUAAAAGUGUUUGAACAGAAUGCUGACCAGAGAUCUAUCUAAAAGCUAUUUAGUACUGACAAAUGUCAUUAUUGGUAAGCUACAUGAAGCUGAUGCUGCAAGUUGAUAGGACAAUUUUUUCUUUAUAUCAUUUGCAUUAUUCACAUCAUGUGAAAUGCUCAGACUCAAAGAUGUAGUGGGUUCUUCCAGGUCCAAGAAUCGCCAAUACAGAACUGAUCAAUAUGAAUUACAUAAGCAGUCACUUAACCCACAAUCACAGAACACCUACCAGCUAAUGAAAGAUUAAAUUAUAAGCAUAAAUGCAGUACCAGCAAAGUGAAUUGUAUUAUGAUACACACAGCUGUGAGUACAGCACAUUUGGUCUUGUUUAGCCUGUGGAAACUGACCAGAUCUAGUUAUGACCAGUCCUGCUUACUCAAGACCCAAAUGUGAAAGGUUUACAUUUUAAAGCUGUUGCCUUGUCAAAGGAUACAGAAUGUCUUUUCUCGUUCAGCAUAAUUGUUACAUCUUACACGAUUCAGCCUUUAAAGAGAAGGGCAAAUCGUAUGUGACAGAUGUUUAGUUAAGUCACGAAAGAACUUUUGCUUUUGGCAGUUUAUAGGGGAGGGAUUUUUUUUUAUUGUUUUUGAAUGUUGGCACAAAGCACAGACUUUUAAACCAGCCGGUCUGGAGGUGCAAAUCUGGAAAAUUUCUGGAUAUGAAUGUAAUUUCAACAAACUUUAAAAAUCAAAUAAAAGCAUACAUUUUUAGUUAGUAAAUAAUAAACAAAAAGUGGCACAAAAGAAAAAUACCAAAAUAUUUUAAUGCUUCAUCUUAUAACCGUACUUGAUUAAUACUCUUAAAUAGCCAACAGCUUUUUCUGUGUGUUUGUUUGUGCCAUUUUUUGAUGAAAAUGUAUUUUAUUUACAACCUUAUUUAUUAUUGUGUAUUAUUAGAUCAUUUCUUAAAAUUAUUACCUGAAGCAUUUUUUAAACUUGCUUUUAGAUUAGUUUAUUUUGGCCCUUUAAGAGUAAGGUAAAAAUGCAAGGUAAAACUGACAAAAAUUGUUUUUUAUGAAAACAUGUUUACCCUUGUGGCACCAAACAGGAUAUUUUUAAACACAAAUGGUUUGAGGGAGGGAGGAGGGAACAGUAACGUCAUGUCUUGCCUAGAGAGCUCAAAUGAACGUAUUCUAGCGCAGUGAAUUCCAAAUAUUCCUGACUCAUUCCCUUUAUUGCCACUUUAAAUUGCUACACUACACCUUUGUCUUAUUUGACAUUUUCUAUUUGUUAUUCAGUUGUAGAUUUUUUUACAUGUGUUGGGUAUUACAUCUGUUUGUUUGUACGUCUGUGACCUUCCCAAUAGUGCAAUUAUACAAUAGCAAUCUGUCUUUUUCAUGGAUGUAAGCUACUGGGCCACCACAUCUGUAUUUCCUUUUCAGCGUUUUCUUUGUGAAUUUGUGCACACCACCGAUAGAUAUCUCAUUAAUACUCCACAAUAUGAAAACAUGUUCCAUAGAGCUACCUCUAUUCAUGAGGAAAAUUCCCUUUCUGAAAGCACACGUGUACAGCAACUGGAAGAAUAAGUAACAUUUUUGACAUAUCAAAUGCAAAGAAUCUUGAAAGAAAUAAAAAAUUCAUCUGACAUGGGGUUCUGAAACAAAUGUUUUUGAUUUAGUUGGCACAUUCAUCUCUUUUCAAUAAAUUUCCAACUGCCUUAAAUCAGAGUGAAAUUUUAUGUUAUGCCUUUUAUUGAAAUGUAUGUAAGUACAGUAUUUAAAAAGCACAUUUAUCUACAGAUAAAAGAUUCACAAGCAAGGGAAGUGACGAUCUAGCAGGUAAAGAGAACUAAAAUAAACCCGCCAGAUGUUCAGUUAAAGUACUACUCAAAGAAUACAGAAAAAGGAUACAGGAAUGCUGCUUUGAUUCUGCCAAUUUAGUUUGAAGUAAUAAAGCAACCUGUAACCAGAUGAGCAGUAUGUUAUCUGCUCAGAAAUAAAGGAAACUCCAGUGUGCUUUUGUGAGCAAAGUGGUUAUUUUUCUGACAUCAAGACUUGUUUAGCAGCAAGGACGGUAUGAAAAAGAGAAGGGAGAUGUGACCUAAUGUGGGAGGAUAUCUUGAGACAGAGAAAUCUGUUGGAAGAAGAGACGUUUCUCUUUUUCGCUCAACAUUUCGUGUGCCACAUUACCUUUUGUUUUUUGUAUAUACUAUCAUAAUCAAAGUAUGAUAUACCUUUUCUGGGUGGACAACAAUCAAGAGACUAUAUCUAGAAUUAGAAAGAUUCUUUACAUCUUUGGGAGAUUAAACUCUUCUAAUUGUGUGGUUAAAAUUCACUUGCUGCAGUGUUUCUAAAAUGUCUUUAACAUUCUGGUGUCUUUAACUGGAGUAUAUUUAGCUGUAUUCCAAUAUCUCUUGCUUGACUAUCUAUUAUCUCUGACUAAAGUGAUUUCUAACAGACCUUUCAGUACAGUAUCUGUGUUAGAUUCCAUUAACUUGGAUACAAGGUUCUCAAACACAAUCCAGCAUCUGUGGUUGGAGUAUUUCUACCAGAGUGUAUGCGCUGCACAGGGAAAUUCACAAGGUCUGGUGUCUCAGGCUAGAGCGUCUCGUAUGCAGUCUGAUGUCUGGCAAGAACGUCUCAAAGAGAAUUGUUUGUCUUCUACUAAAGUCUUCUUAACACACUCCAAUAUAUAAUAAAUUUAGGAAACACUAACUGCUUAGCCUUUAGCAGAGUCCGAUAUCUGUAUUAUUAAUGACAUGAGUAUCUAUAAUGCAGUAAAUUAUUCAUUUUUACCGUACUUUUCAUUUUCUUUCUAAGAGAGUUGCUGUAAUUUCUCAACUUUCUGCAUGUUAUGAACUUUUCCUAUCUUUCUCACUCUUGCUCUCUCUCUCUUUCUAUAUAUAUUUAUAUAUGUAUAAAAAAGCAACAAUAUAUCUUUUUUUGCUGCAGUUCUUGUCUAUAAGUUCUUGGUGUAUGUUUGCUAUUGUUGAUUUAUUGUUUAUGACUGAGAAUACUGCAUCUGGCCUGUUUGCUGUGUUGUUAACAGUCAGUUUGUUCAAGUCUUAGAAAAUGUAAAAAAUAAAAAUACCUGUUUU